UCCUAGACCGGAGCUCCGAGAAGCUCCCUCAGUUGGUUUCGUUCAGCACGCCUAUCUCGAGGACGGUUUCCAGAGCGGAAUUCUUCGAACAUUGAAUCGGGGAAAGAUGAUUCGAUUGCGCGGAUAUCUUCCGGUCUUCGCAAUCGCCUUCCUCUUUUCUGGUACCGAGUGCAGCCUAGAAGUCAUUGAUAUCAACCUUAAGGAUGGCGGUGAAUUCGGACCCGAAAAGGCUAACGUCUGCGCUGGUCAAGUUUACCUCUUGAAAUUAGUUGGACUGAAUACACAGGAUUCGAACUCGGUCGAACACGCUGCUUCAGUGGUCGGAUAUCCGGAUCUGCCGAGAUGGAACUUCAUCAAGCCUCACAAGGAUGAUCUACUGCUCUACGGGAGCUAUCCGGAGAAUGAUACGCUCGAUGUCCAGAUCAUCUCGACAGAUCAGGAGACUUUCGAGUCAACGGAUCGUAGAUUCCAGCUGAACGUCCUGCCCUGUCGGAAGCCCCAAGCAAACUUCGAGGUCGAGAUGAAGUUCAUGAACUAUAAUAUCGAAGAUAUAUUCGGUACGGACGUCCUGCAACGCCUCGAAGCAGUGAUGCAGAACCUGUGGAGCUCAAGUCAAAGAGUUUACGUGAGCAAAGUCGCAUCUGUGCUCGAUGUCGGUGGGAGGAAGCCGAUUGAUCCGCGCGAUAAAGAAGGAUUCAUUGUGAGAUUCGCGGCAGAACAAAAUUUUUCCUCCGAAUUGAGAGGCUUGGAACUCGAGGUCAGGCAGCUCAGAAACAGGGUACCCUGUCCGCGUCAUUAUAAGAGGACUUCGGUGGAAUGGCGCUUCCGCGAACUCGGAUUGGCGCCCGAUUGGUGUGGAUUCCGUCUCUUCAAGGGAACCGUCGCCGCGCAACGAGUCAUCCCUCCUGAAGAAAUUCCGAUCGCGCCGCUACCGCCUUUUGACGGCCCCGACCUCGACGAGAUGCCCCGGAGAACGACUACGAGAGACAUCUUCGUAUCGCUGCUUGUUCCUCUGGUGAUUUGUUUUGCUCUCCUCGCCGGAAUCGGGGGAACCUCUCUGUGCCUCUAUUCCAAUGACGAAGGCGACGGGAAAUGAAACUCUCCCUGUCGGUCUUCAUGACCUCUGACUGAGUAAUGCGAAACCGAUCCGAAAAAGAUCUCAUAGAACCGUUCUCGAAAAUGUCCAAAAAGAGCGCUUGGCUGACUGCCUUCUUGCGGAGCGAGUCUCCGAAAGAGUUCCUCCCAAACUUCGAAGCCCGAGGAUCCGACUCCGAGGCAAUAGAGUAGGCUGGAUCGUGAUCUCAAUAAUAGCCCUAGACUCUCAUUCCGGGGUGCGAGACAUGGAGGAUGAGUCGGGUAAUUUCGAAAACUUCGGGCAGUCGGGAGGACGACUGCGGUGUGAU